AGCCCAGACAUGGUUCAUGCCCGCUCUGGGCUCUCUGAACCCCUGCUCUCUCCUCCACGCAGCCGCCCUGCAGGCGCUCAAGCGCAAGAAGAGGUACGAGAAGCAGCUGGCACAGAUCGACGGCACGCUGUCCACCAUCGAGUUCCAGCGGGAGGCCCUGGAGAAUGCCAACACCAACACCGAGGUGCUCAAGAACAUGGGCUACGCCGCCAAGGCCAUGAAGGCUGCCCACGACAACAUGGACAUCGAUAAGGUAGAUGAGUUGAUGCAGGACAUUGCUGACCAGCAGGAGCUUGCGGAGGAGAUCUCCACAGCGAUUUCCAAGCCCGUCGGCUUCGGAGAGGAGUUUGACGAGGAUGAACUCAUGGCAGAAUUAGAGGAACUAGAACAGGAGGAACUAGAUAAGAAUUUGCUGGAAAUCAGUGGACCCGAAACAGUCCCCCUACCAAAUGUUCCCGUCACCCUCCCAUCGAAACAAACCAAGAAGAAGGAAGAGGAAGACGACGACAUGAAGGAAUUGGAGUCCUGGGCUGGGUCCAUGUAACCGGUCCGCCCGGCUAGGCCCAGACAGACUGGUGGCCUGUGGCAGCAGGCAGGCGCAUGUGUGUGCGGGGCAGGCAGGACGUGGGGCAGGCAGGUUGCCAUCGCUCUGAAUUGCUCUCCCACGCCACAUCACUGCUCACUCUGCAUCGCAUGGCCUGCACCCAGCGGGGCGG